AAGUCAAAAAUUGGUAUAAUAAUGUUUAUAAUACUAUAUAAAGAUGUAAACAUAUUUUUUUGUAAGUUAAACAAGUGGUUGCUUUUUACUUGUUAACUGAAGUUUUCACGCAACACCACAUUUGAAUGUUGACAGAAUGACCGGACGUCAUUUAAAAAGUUGGGGACAAUGUAUGUAGGGUAGGCUUCAUAUUUUUGGUUAUAGGAGUUGUUUCCCCUUGACCUCUGUUUAUUUUUAUUUUCCGCCAAAACUGGUAACAUGACAAGAACUCUUCUGUUUUGGAGGUACUUUUAGGUUGGUUUUAGUCAGACAUUUCGCAAGGCAGUUCGCCGUUAUUCUCGUAAGAGGAUUUCAUGCACAGAUCACUGAGUGAGAGGAGCAAUGCUGAAAGGAAUGGAACAGUUUGUACACUUAAUUCUCUGUAAAUUGGUUGUCAUCAUGGUGUCAUCAUCGUCCUCGCUUUUGCUUUUAUAAGUGAUGUCACGUGUCUUAGUGAUUAAGAUGAGGAAAUAUCGAACCUAGCAUUGGAUGUGUAUUAAUAAAUUGCCAAAGGUUACAUUUGGGCGCGAUAAGUGGUCUCAGCAGAGUAGUAUGUUGUCCGUUGGAAUACAUAAUGUUGUUAUAAACUCGGCAUAGAGUUAAAUUUCGUUUUACUUAUAUAGUUUUUGGAACUCAAACUAGUUCAUACAAUCACGCUAUUUAGUGCCGGGUCUUACUGAUUUGUAAGAAUGUACAUUGAACAAAUACAGAUAACAAUAACAAUAGCUCUCUGUUUAUCGGUGUGCUGACUGACUCUCGCUUAUCUCGAUUUUAUAUCGUGCGUACAGGUGGACUGUAUUAAUUUCAUUUGUUGCGUAAUAUCAUGGCGAAUUUAUUGCCCGACAAAGUCGACACAUUGAGAAAAUUGAUUGAAGAGCAGGAUAUCAUAGGUGCCCAUGGAUUCGUUCAGGAAAGUAUGCAUGUGUUCAACAUUGCAGUGACAGGUGAAAGUGGAUCCGGUAAGUCAAGUUUUGUGAACGCAAUUCGUGGUUUGGAAGCGGACAAUAUUGGGGCAGCAGAAGUAGGUGUUGUUGAAACAACUAAGAGUAUCAAACGAUACCCUCAUCCAGAAAACAAAAAUCUUAUUAUUUCUGAUCUCCCGGGUAUUGGAAGUUAUGCUUUUUCAAAAGAAAAGUACUUUGAUAUGAUCAACUUUUCCGAAUUUGACUUUUUUAUUUUACUUUCAGCUGGAAGGUUUACUGAACUCGAUUUGUUUUUGGCUUUGAAAGUACAAGAAUAUGGGAAAGUUUUCUAUUUUGUGCGAUGCAAGAUAGACAUGGAUUUAAGAAAUGAGCAAAUGAGCUAUCCUAAAACAUAUAAUGAAACAGUGGUUUUAAACAGAAUAAGAGAAGACUGUAUUAAAUAUCUUGACAGUCCCAUUGGAAAAUGUGAUGUGUUUCUCAUUAAUAAUUAUGACAGAUCAAAGUACGACUUUCCAAAGCUGAACAGAAGUAUUGUAAAAGACGCAGCUCUGGUAAAAAUUGACUUCAGAGAGCGAGUAUUGUCAUCACUUGUUAAUGGAGUUUAUCAGAAGAAAAGGGAAUUCGCAAAAUCUGGUACUGUGCCAGUCAAAGAAGCAAAGCAUAAAGUCCCUAACACGCCUAUAUAUGUUGAUGCAACAUGCAUAAGUGAAGAAAUAGAACACUUCAAACAAGAGUUUUCACUUAAUAAACAGGCAAUUGCAGAAUAUGCUGCUCUUAUGGAUAUGUCUGUUGUGGACAUGACAAAGAAUCUUAGUCUCCGAAGUUUGCAAAUGGACUUCUCUGAAAAUGGAAUUCUAAUGGCAUGCGCUGAACUUUAUCCAUUUUCAAAAAUAAGUUUCCCAUUUUUUGGAUCUUUUUUGAGUUCUAGGUCAGUCGUUAAAGUGUACCUUGAAAAAGUUAUAGACCAGAUGUGUGAUGAUGCAAUCAAACUCAAUAUGGCGCUUAUCUCUCGAACAAGAAACCAACAUUCCGAGUCGAGCUCAGCGUGUGUUUAAUCCGUGUAAUGGACGGUCGUCUGGUGGACUAGAUACUAGACAAAUCUACAGGCGAUGUAAAAUCCCAAUACCGCCUUGUAUGCAUCACAAUUUGAGCAAAACUUAGACAGCCAGGAAAUACGAUAAUUGCGUUUAUAGCAAUAAUGUGUUUCUUCCACUCUGGCAAAGUUAUGUUCAUUUUUAGUUUCACAGUUUUUGUUAAAGCGUGAACCAGUCACAUGUUUGUCUUUGGUCUGCUAGAAAUACAAAACAACUCAUAAGCAUAGCUUUUUUUAAUAUGGUGCAAAGUGAACUUGGUCUUAGGAAGAUACUGGUAAUUCCUGUUAUGGGCAGUGAAACAAUUAUUUUCGUUAGGGAUAUGAUAUCAUUAAAACAAUAAAAACACCAUAUCAGCCUUAAGACAAACCUCGCGUGAUUUAGGGCAAAUAUUUUACAAAUAUUUUAGUGAUACGAAGCAGAUAUGGCCACCAGAUAUAUUUAAUACUGCACGUGUAUCUUUUAAAGUAAACACGAAGAGACACUUUAGAUGAUUUUACAUCAACAUAUCUGAUUUGGCGUUGUCACGUCCGAUUGACCUUGCAAGUGUACGUGCAAGCUGGCAGAUAAACAGGACUUUUUAUCAAACAAUUUAUAUGAUAUAUCUUUACUAUAUGUAUGCGUUGAAUAAAGCCAGUUUUGAUAAAGCUACAUACUAUCUGAAGUAACUACUGCAAACAGAUGAACCUGCUUUAGUGCAUCUGUUCUUAGCUAGCUUUAAAUAAGAUUUGCGAAUUAAGUCUACGUGGACUGUGGACACCUAACACGAUCGAUUUUUCAGAGAACCGUUAUAAUUUGAUUAUAUUAUGCAUGGUAGGAAAGAUAGUUUAUAAUGGCAAUAGGGUUUGGUUAUUAUAGCAUCACUAUGCGGUAGGUGAUAUGCAGUUGGAUGUGCCUGUUUUUAGCUCGACUUUUCGAAGAAAAAGUAGAACUAUUGCACUCGCUCCGGUGUUGGCGUCGCCACUGGUUAAAGUUUUUGAUAAAGUCAAAUAUUUCUGUUACUAGCAAAGCUAUUGAUUUGAAACUUAAAAUAUUUAUUUACUAUUAACGUCUACACCAGGAGAAACAAUCCCUAUAACUCUGAUUCGAAAUUUGACAGAAUUAUGCCCCUUUUUAACUAAGAAAAUUUGUAUAAAGUUCUUGAUAACGUCAAAUAUCUCUGUUACUAUCAAAGCUAUUGACUUGAAACUUAAAAUACUUAUUUACUAUCAACGUCUAUACCGGGAGAAACAAUCCCCAUGACUCUGAUUUGAAUUUUGACAGAAUAAUGUCCUCUUUUAAAUUAGAAUUUUGUUUUAUUAUAAAAUCCAAUAUCUCUAAAAAGAAAUCCGCAUAACUCUGAUUUGAAUUUUGAGAGAACUAUGUCCCUUUUUGCUUAGAACUUUUGAUUAAAGUUUCUAAUAAAUUCAAUAACAGAGGAUGGGAGCAAAAUUUAAAGAACUUUACUGUUGAAGCCCGUAGGAAAAGGACAAUAAAGGGAAGAAAUUCCCCGAAAAAAUAUCUAAGUCAGCUAAAAAUCAUAAAAAGGUACAGAUAUGUCAAAAUACACCUUAACUUUACAAGUACAAUCCAUGUUGUACCAAAGAAAUUGGUCUCGGUCUUUAUCUACGGCCACUAAUAAAAAGUUACAAAUUAACCUAUUUACAGUAACAUAAAAGGGAUGUUAUUCAAUAAAAAUAUUGUAAGUGAACAAAAAAGGAAUCUGUCAAAUAAAACCACGAGCACCGCAAUGCAAAGCAACAUAAACACAAAACAAAGACAAGUGACCUUUAAACUUUAAGUGUGACCAAUACCUUGAAGCGAGCCAUGCGCUCUGUACGUCGUCUCAAUGUGGUGAACAUUUGUGUCAAGUUUUUCUAAAAUCAUUCAAGCAGGUCAAGAGUAACACAGUCCACUCGAAACAAAGUUAUAUGACCUUUGAUUCCUAAGUGUGGCAUUGACCUUGUAGCCAGCUAUCCAAAACAGACGCUCUGAUGGACAUUUGUGCAAUGUUUCUGUAAAAUCCUUCAAUAGAUCAGACACGAAACAAACUCGUAUGACCUCGACCCCUAAGUGUAACCUUUACCUUAAAGCGAGCCACCUGAUACAGGCGUUCCGCACGUCGGCUUGAUGUGGAGAACAUUUGUAUCAAGUUUGUUUAAAAUCCUUCAAUGGGUUCACGAGUUACAGAGAGGAGUAUCCCAACAUACGUUCCUUCGGACGUAUAUUAAAUAACAACAAAGGGAUGGAGACGCAAGAUAUUACGUUUUCUACAGUUUUCAGACUGUUUUACCUGCUGACAGAGUUUAGGUUUUUUUUUUCAUUUUGGACGACGACGACGAUGGAAUACGGAUACAUUGCUAUCAUAUUAGUCCCACUUUUCAACUUUGACGCAGAUGCGCAACUUAUAAUAUCGACGAACAUUGCAGGAAAGUGUUAUGACGGUAGAUCAAAUACUUUUUGCGAUAAGCAUAAAAAACAUUUCUCUGGUGAACAGACGGACGGACAAACAAAUCCAGAUUUUAUCCUGUGUGGUGACGUCAUAAGCCAGACCUUACCAACAUUAUAGGAAUGUUUUCUUAUCACACAUGAAUUAAAAUUAUCAUGUUGAGACGGUCCCCUUGAAAAAUCGAUCGUCUUAGGUGUUCACAGUCCACGUAAACUGAAUUCGCAAAUGUCUAAUAGUCCGUCAGCUAACUUUUCCAAUAGUCUUAUAAUUAUCUAAUAAUUACAACUUGCUAAAUACAAGUUUGACAUAGCAUUUCUAACCGGUAUACAUAUAGUUAGUUCUCACAAAAGCCUCUUUAAACUGUGUGUCAAACAUUUAUAUAUAAAGAUGUACGAUCACGUUUUUCUGCAGUAUUUAUGUCAUACAGUAUUUAUUUCAUACUGUUGAAGAACAUUUAUUUCUAAGACAAAUAAGAGCAGAAAAAAGAACACUGUUUUAGCAUUUCUAAAAUUAAGUAAAAUUGAAAAAAAUGGGGGAUUCUUUAUACAACAUACAAUAUCCCAUUUAAUGUUACAGGGAUUUCAGAUCUUAUUAUACAAGAUUCUGUUGUUAAGGUAAAGAAAAAAAAACGUAUUUUAUUGUUUUAGUAGCACACAGAAAUAAUUUAAAAUAGAAAGGAAGAAAAUAGAAUACAGAUCUACUUAAAUAGAUACUUAAAGAUACUGUUAUCUUACAUCAGAUUAGGGCAAAUGCAUAAAUUUUGUUGAAAGAAAUAUAUUCAAGGAAACAUUUACAAAAUUGUGGAUCUUUUGUUCCCCUUUUUCGGCAAAUUGUGCUCAUUUUAUUAAAUUUACAAGAUUUUUGGUGUCAUUUUAGUGUCAUUUAUUUGUUUUUAAAGAGAAUUCCUAUAGUUUUUUUUCCUUUCAUAGAUUUUUUUUAAAUUCAUAUAUAUGAUAUGAAAUUUUGUGCUGAAAACAAUGAACAAAUAAAAACAAUAGGUCACCAGGCUCGUUUUUGUGAAAAAUUGUUUUGAACACACCCACUGUUGCUGAAACUGCCAGCGAUUUUUCAACAUUUUCAUAAUUUUCUGCUUUUUUAUAAAUACCAACCAAAAUAUACAUCAAGACAGCACAAUAAGGUUUUUUUCUUUUUACAAAUUUUAUUAUAUAUUUAUUUGAUAUUAUAGCCAUAUUUGUAAACACAACCACAAAAAUAGCAAGAUAUCUGUCAGGCAUGAUAUUUGUCAAUACAACAUAAACCAGUAUCAACAUUUGAUUACUGAUAAAACUUAUCAAAAAAUGUUAUUUCAUUCAAGAAACCUCAUAUUUAAGAUUGUCUGUAACAUGUUUCGACAAAUGUUGACUUCAGUUCAGUUUUCCGUAGAAAGUGUCGGCUGCGCAGAAAGAUGCGCAUAAAAAACUAUAGGAAUUCCCUUUAAACUAGUUUCGCUCGCUUCGGUCGCUCCAGUAUUUAGUAUGUGACUUGUCACAUAUGCAGACAGUUUGUGUUAAAAUGAUAUUUAAACAGCGAUAUUGA